AUUUGUUACUUCACCGAAAAGUAACAAUAUCACGGCCUCUCCCUUACUACCGUCUUUUGGUAUCCUCCUAUAUCCUACAAAGUAGGUUAAUUCUUGUUGCUAGUCCGAGAUAUCUAUCUUGCAGUAUUUUUUUGAGAAAAUAAUAAACUAAACUUUAUUUUUUUUAAAUCUCCUUUCAAUUUUCUUUUAGGGAUCUCUACUUUCACAUUUUUAACAUGAGGAAUUCUGUCAUUAUCGGUUCUCUUCUCGCAACUGCCGCCGUUGGUUAUGGCAUUUAUUUUGACUACAAGCGUCGCAACGACCCUACUUUCCGCAAAACAUUGAAGCGUCAUUACAAAAAGGUGCACGAAGCUAAGAAGCAAGAAGAACAGAUUGCUGUCAAGAAAUUUGAUGAAGUUAUCGAAGAUGCUCUCGAGAUCGUCAAGUCUACACCUACCCCUAGUAGCGCUGAAGAAAAAGAGCUCUUCUUUAUGCAGCAAGUUGCCCGUGGUGAACAACUCUUCCAACAACAACCCGACAAUAUCAAGGAAUCUGCUGCUUGCUUUUAUGCUGCUCUUAAAGUAUACCCUCAACCAGUUGAAUUGUUUUCCAUUUACGAGCGUACCGUUCCUGAACCCAUCAUGAAUCUUUUAAGAGCUAUGCAAGCUAAGGAAAGCACCCCUACUGUGGAGUAAACUCUUAAUUGUCAAUAAAACUAUAUUCUCAUUAUAUCAAUAAAAGAUAG